AUGCAGUUCAAGUACGCCGCCCUGCUCUUCGCCGCCCUGGCCUCCUUCAUCGGCGCGACCGCCUCCGCCGUUCCCCCCGAGCAGACCGGCGCCGUCGCCAGCUCAAUCCUGAGAACACUGACGGUUUGGCCGCCCAGCUGCCGACCCGGACGCCUCGACCGUGUCUGUCGGUCUAGGCUUCACCUACUCCUCACCGUGAAUGCAAGCGCCUCUUGUAGAAGGGUAUGGACUGCGAUGGCCCACAGUCUGCUGGAAGUCGUGUGCAUAGAGGCUUUCCAGGUAGCGGUCAAGGAUGCGGGGCGUUGCGGCCAGUUGUACCCUGUCGUGUUGUUCGAAGUCCGUAGUUGA